AUGUCGAGCCAUAUCAAGUUUGUCGAACCGAUCGAGAAUAACUCACCUGCCGAAUCCUCUAAUAGGGGUAGGGAGAUUGGUGAAAAGGCAUCAAAUCAACGGUCACUGUCUCCAGGCAGUGAGAUUGUGUAUCCGACAGGAUGGAGACUCAUACUCACCACGAUAGGGCUUUUGAUCGGCUUCUUCCUCUCGAAUUUAGACGUGACAAUCGUCAGCUCAUCUCUUACAAGCAUCACGGAUAGCCUGAAUGGAUUUGAGAAAAGGAGCUGGAUUAUUACAGGUUAUCUGGCUACAUACACAGGGUCGAUGGCGAUAUGGACAAAGGCCAGUGAUAUCGUCGGGAGGAAACAGACAACGAUGGCAUCUCUUGUCAUUCUACUUGCAUUUUCAGUCGGAUGUGGAUGCGCUCAGACUGUCAAUCAACUCAUCAUUUUCCGAGCCCUUCAGGGAAUAGGAGGUGCUGGUGCAUAUGCACUGGCAAUCCUCUGCAUCUAUGAAAUCGCCCCCAAGAGCAAGCUUCCGACUUACAGUGGCCUCAUGGCGGUUUGUCUUGCGCUCGCAUCUUUGAUUGGCCCUAUUGUUGGGGGUGCUCUCGCACAAAAUGAGGCUUGGAGAUGGGUCUUCUUCAUUAAUGUUCCAUUAUGCGCUAUUGCCAUUGUGAUCAUUAUGGUUUCUAUGCCCAAACACUUUGGUCUAGACCAGCACACUCCUUCGUUCAGAACUCGGGCCUCAUAUCGCUCUUUUGCCAACCUCGACUUCGUUGGUUUCUUCCUUCUCAUUGCGAGCUCUUUCUUGAUUGUCACUGUCUUGAAUGAAGCGAAUCUGGCAUUUUCAUGGAGUUCAAAAGGCUCGAUUGCUCUCAUUGUACUCACUGGCGUCUCGUGGAUUGCAUUUUUCAUCUGGGAAUGGUACAUUUCAAAUAUUGCAGGACAGGACCCGAUAUUUCCUAAACGCUGGCUGUAUGAUGGUCCUUGGAUGGGUAUUCUCAUCUCCUCAUUCCUCACCGGUGCCGUUUGGAACGUUGUCCUGGUCUAUGUUCCACAGCAAGCUCAGAUCCUAUUGGAUAAAUCGCCUCUCGAUUCAGGUAUCUACUUGAUCGCAUACUCUGCUGUUGCAGCUUUAGCUGCGGCUAUUGUCAAUAUUGCCAGCUCCCGCGGACGCAUCCCAUUUGUUUAUUCCUUGCUAGUCGGAUGCAUCAUUCAUACCGUUGGAGUUGGGCUUCUAUCAACUAUUACGAGCUCAAGGGGUUUUCACGCCACUGAUAUCGGAUAUGAGAUUAUUGCUGGUGCAGGAAUAGGGCUGACUCUGGGUGUCCUGUUAUUAUCCACCCCGUACAUUGUGGAGGACAGAGAUCUCGCUAUCGCCACUGGUACCGUUGUUCAAUUAAGAUUCCUUGGUGGUGCUAUCGGUCUCGCCAUUGCAUCCAACAUUCUAAAUGGUCACCUCUUGAAGCACCUCAAAGGAGUCCUGACACCACACGAGAUACACAUUUUCCUUGAGAAUGUAACCAAGAUCAAAUAUCUUUCUCUGGAUCUUCAGGAGGAAGUGAGAGCUGUGUUUGCUCAAAGCUAUGGCACGCAGUUGAAAGUCAUGAUUGGGUUCGCAGCUGCUCAAUUGCCGGCAGUUCUCCUUCUCAUCAAAUCGAAAAGACAGCUGGCAGCAGAUCACGUAUCCUCAGGAUCUAGUUCAGGGCAGUCUGCCUAA